UGUGAUCUGUUGUGAAAUUGUAUGAUAAGUACGUUAGAGUAAACCUUUAUGUCGAUGGAGUAAACACGCUGGCGGAACCAUUUCGAUUACUUCUGUUCCGACUCGUUUCUUGUCGAAUUGUCGUAAAACCGGAUGUUCGACAAUAAGCUGGCGCGCUGAAUUGUGAGGAGUAAAUGUUUGGAAAAUGGGGAAAUGCAAAUUCCAGCAAAAGUGGCUGGAAAUCGACGAAUUCAACGUAUGGCUGCAGCCCGUUAAUGGUCAAGAUGGAGAAGGAUUUUGUACUGUUUGUAAAAAAAAUUUUUUACUUGGUACAAUGGGUGUGAAUGCUGUGAAAUCGCACAUGCAGUCGGACAACCACAAAGCAGCCGUGAAAGGCAGACAGCAGCUAACCGUGACUAGUUACUUUUCUGUAACUAGCAACGCGACGUCUUCUACAACUACCACGACCACAACAAGCAGCACAACUGCAGCUGCGAACCCUGCCGUCGGAACAUCAAGCACGCUUCAAAAAUCGUUUGGAUCGCCUGCGGUGCUUCAGGCAGAGGUGCUCUGGUGUCUGAACACUGCCGUGCAGCACCACUCCUACGCAUCCAAUGAAGGUAUUUCGGAGUUGUUCCAGACAAUGUUUUCGGAUUCUGAAAUAGGUAAAUCUUUCACCUAUGGAAAGGUCAAGACAAGCUACGUUUUAAAGUUCGGACUCGCCCCACAUAUAAAAAAAAGAACUGAUUUCUGCAGCUAACAACGCUGGACCAUUUGUGCUGAUGUUUGAUGAAAGCUUCAACCAGUCCACAAAAAAUAAACAACUAGACGUCCAUAUUCGAUUUUGGGAGGCUGGUGCUGUCCAGUCACGUUAUCUUGGAUCACAGUGACAUUCAAAGGCUAAAGAUUUGCUGCACCAUUUCAAAGUGAGUAUAUUUGUGCUUUUUGUUUAUGAAGUGAUAUUCCGAUGAAUUAAAGAGACAAGAUGUGUUCAUUUUGUUGAGGCUUUUUGCUUUUAGAUAGUUUUAAUAAGCUAAUUUUGAAAUUACUAUAAGCAAAUUUCAAAUCAAACAUGUUGGUGUAAUGUUUUCAGGUUUUCUUUUUCAUAUCAAAUAAUUAAAUGUAUUUUUUGUAUUCAUAGGAUUGUGUGCGCCUGCUAGACAUGAAGAACCUCCUUUCCAUCAGUAUGGAUGGGCCAAAUGUGAACUUGAAGUUUUUAAAUGAUUUCCAGCAAGAGCAUGCUGAACUACAUGGAGGCCGCCAAUUAAUUAAUGUUGGAAGCUGUGGACUGCACACUCUGCACAAUUCAUUCAAGACUGGCUUCUCCACAUGGAAUAUUGAGAAACUGUUAAGAGCAAUGCACUUUUUUCACAAUGUCCCUGCAAGAAGAGAAGAUUUUACAAAACUUACAGGCUCAUCUCUUUUUCCACUCCCAUUCUGUGGACACAAAUGGGUGGAAAAUCUUCCUGUUGCAGAGAGAGCUAUUGAAGUAUGGCCAAAGCUUAACGAUUAUGUGAAGGCAGUCCAUAGAAAAGAACUCCCAAACCCUGGAACCUCUUCUUUUGACACUAUUCAAGCAGCAAAUGAAGAUCCCCUGAUUUCAGCCAAACUUCAGUUUUUCAUGGCAAUCUCCAGAACGUUUAGUCCAUUUUUAAAGAAAUACCAAACAGAUGAGCCAGUCCUGCCAUUCCUGUGCAGCGACUUGACAGAGUUGUUGAUGAGUCUACUGAGACGUUUCAUCCAAAGGGAGCUGCUACAAGACAUCACCCCCCUUCAGUUGGCCAAACUGGACACCAAUGACCAGAGAAACUGGGUCAUGGCGAGCCAUGUUGACAUAGGCUUGGGUGCUGAGUCUGCCAUUAAGCUAUUGUUUUUUUUAUAUGCUCUUCAAAGCAAACCUAACAACAGAGUAGGCGACCUCACUGCCCUCGAAUUUAGAAAGGACUGCAUAAGAUGCCUCUCAAGCAUUGUUAAGAAAGUGCAAGAGAAGAGCCCUUUGAAAUACCCCACUGUCAGGCAGAUUGCAUGCUUGGACCCCUCCAUCAUGAGCAGAGACCCAGAAUGGUGCAAGGGAAAGAUGAAGUCUCUAGUUCAGAGAUUUCUGCAGGACAAGAAGUUGACAGGAGGGAUUUCUGCUGCUACAGUAGAGAGAGGCUUCUCUGUGAACAGGGAAGUAGAGGCUUGCAACAUAAAAGAAGAAACUGUUGAGGCCCAAAGACUAGUCUGUGACCAAGUUAGAGCUUGUGGGGGGAUUCUCAAAGUUCCCCUCACAAAAGAGCUACUAGCAUCUGUAGCAUCAGCCAGGACUAGAUAUAGGAUCUACCUUGAGGAAGAGAGACAAAAGACAGAGGGUGCCAUGCGUGGAGAAAAGCAUUGGAAGAUGAGCUAG